AUGUCGCCUUGGAACAGCACCGCUACAAGCCCUACAUUGGUCCCUUCGCCCACCAUGCCCAGCACCCCCGACCUUGACUUGGCAGCUUUGUAUUUGGGCGGUGACGCUGCUCCGGAGAUGAUGGGCAGAAAGAUAUCGGAGCCCGAGUGCCGAGCCAAGUCUCGGGGAAUAACCUCCAGACUGAGAACAUUGGUCGGUUGGGGUACCGUCGAGUCCGAGUGA